AGAUCCAACGGUUCAGAUUUCAGUCUUUCUUUGACCCUUGUAACAAGCUCGAUAUUCCAACCACUAUAUAACCACUUCACCCUUCUCUUCCUUCUCUCUCGCAUCAUCUCAUUUCUUAUUGUUCCUCUUCCUCGCCCCCUUUCAGCUUUCUCUCACUUUUUGCGAUCUCUCUCUGAAACGACACAAUGUCCGCCGAGAAAGAGAGAGAGACCCAGGUUUACAUGGCCAAGCUUUCUGAACAGGCUGAGAGAUAUGAAGAAAUGGUUGAAUGUAUGAAGAAAGUUGCGAAACUUGAUGUUGAACUAACUGUGGAAGAGAGGAACCUCCUCUCAGUUGGAUAUAAAAAUGUCAUUGGUGCACGAAGAGCCUCAUGGCGUAUUAUGUCAUCAAUUGAGCAGAAGGAAGAGUCGAAGGGUAAUGAACACAAUGUUAAAUUGAUCAAGAACUACUGCCAGAAGGUCGAGGAGGAACUCUCAAAAAUUUGCGGUGACAUUCUGACUAUUAUAGAUCAGCACUUGGUUCCUUCUUCCACCUCGGCAGAAGCUAAUGUUUUCUAUCAUAAGAUGAAAGGUGAUUAUUUCCGGUAUCUUGCUGAGUUCAAGACUGACCAAGAAAGGAAAGAGGCUGCUGAGCAGUCACUUAAAGGAUAUGAGGCUGCUUCAGCCACUGCAAACACUGAUCUUCCAUCAACACAUCCAAUCCGUCUUGGACUUGCACUCAACUUCUCUGUCUUUUAUUAUGAGAUUAUGAACUCUCCUGAAAGGGCUUGCCAUUUGGCCAAACAAGCUUUUGAUGAGGCGAUUGCGGAGUUGGAUACCUUGAGUGAAGAGUCAUACAAGGACAGCACUUUGAUCAUGCAGUUGUUGAGAGACAACCUGACCCUCUGGACCUCUGAUUUGCCCGAGGAUGGAGGUGAGGACAGCAUAAAAGCUGAUGAAGUCAAACCUACUGAGCCUGAGCAUUGAUAAGAUUUCUUUGGAUCUCUGGCCCUGAUUGUGAAGCGAGGAAUCUAAGAUACUCAACAAAUAGGGCAUUUUAAGCUAUUUUUUGCUAUGGAUUUCAACUAGAAAAGGUGGACUUUGUCCACUUCAUAACUCUUUGUGCCCUCUUAAUUAUCCAACCGAAGCCGGAAGAUCUGCGACUGUCUUUGUGUUGCUUUAUUUUUCCUUCAAACUAUUUUCUUUCUACCGCCUUAUCUGUUUUUAAUUAAUUAGUUGAAAGCAAUUGACAAUUCUCAUCUACCUUAUAAGCAUAUGUUUCUGUGUUCAUUUA